UCUCGCUUCCUAAAGUUAGUAGAUCGAUCGAUUUUUCACAUUAUUUUUCAUAUUUUAAUAAUUCGUAGUAUUUUAAAUCAACACAUUCACUCUGUGUACAACCACGGUUUUGUGCAACUCAUACACCAGUCAGCAGUCGAAAUUGCAAUGUGACGUGUCACGAAAACGUGUGCGCCACAUACGUUACGUGAUCACAACAUAACCUCUUCGUCCGAUCCUACGUUUUAAUCUGAAUAGUUCCUAGCAAAUAUUUAUUUAUGUAGAAUAUAAAGUUUGAAAAGAGAACAUGGCGCCACGCGUUAUUGGUGAUACGCCGAAAUUUAUGGUUGUUAUUGCAACGAUUCUCAUCACAUGGACAUGGAACGUUGGGAUUGCUAGGAGUGCAGGCAAUUAUGAGCACCAUCAUGAUCCUCUGAUUAAAGACACCAUCGAAGAUGUUUUUUUCGAGAUUUUGCAUCCUCCUGAGCUCAGUUACACAUACAGAAUACGUCCCACUGAAGAUUUUGGAACACGUUUUAACGACAGUUUUUCGGGUCGGAAAAUCGCGCUUGUACCGGUAGAACCGGAAACGGGUUGCAGAAAACCAGACAACAUCGAGAAACUGGACGGAAACGUAGCACUCGUGUGGCGCGGGGAUUGUACAUUUUUCCAAAAAAGUGCAAUAGCCGAGGACUCUGGAGCAAAAGCAAUAAUCGUAGCUGAUUAUCAUACCAAAUCAAUCGACGAUGAGAGGGAAAGUCCAAUGUGGAUGGAUUACUAUUACAUCGAAAUGACAAGUGGUGAUAAUGAUCGUAAACGUAAUAUUAACAUUCCAGCCGGUUUUUUGUUAGGUAAAAAUGGUAGAAUUAUAAGAGACACCCUCAGACGAUUGAAACUUCCUCAUGCGAUAAUAAACAUCCCCGUCAAUUUGACGUUUUCCCCCAUUACGGACUUUCACCAACCACCUUGGGUUGCUUUGUAAAUGUUCAAACGAAACGCCACUGUGAUAAAUGUGUAAUACUUGGACAUAACCUCUGCAGUCAUUUUUGUCCAGUUCAAAACAUGAAUUGUAUCCUUUGAGUUUUACCGCUGUAUAUGCAGCGAGAUUCACAAGAUUUACUGGGACGUUGAAUUUUUCCAUCUUUUUUUUCAAACUAUCAACUUGCUAGGAAAAAUAUAAAAAAGUAACAAUACUGAGGCGAUACGUAAUUUUGUCAACUUAUACAGAAAUAUGUGUAGGAGAAUUUAGACGGUAUAAUAAAUUUCAUUCGUUGCCUAAUUUUUAAUGUCUGAACACUCAUCUAAAUUUUAAUGAAAAAACUAGAUUUUGCAACCCUGUUUGAAAUCUUUCACGCAUGUACGUACAGACGGAUCAGUCACCUUUUGAAUUUGGCAUUGUUUAUGUUCUUGAAAUUUUCACAAUAGAUAUUUCAUACAGACUGGUUUGGGUGGUAUUUGAAAGAACCUUAUUCCCAUUUUGGUGCAUAAAUGUUGAAAUCCUGUUGUGUCAAUUAACAAUUAAUAAUAACAAUCGAGUGGCGCAAUUAAGAAAUAAAAAUUCGUGGUCCAUUGUUAACAAAUUCUUUUUGACCCAACUACGUGGUUCAAAUUUUUUACUUACAAUUAAAUUGUGAUCCACUGAAACAUAAUUUUUUCUCAUCAUUGAUUUCUUCCCAUUUUUUUUCCAACUUGUUCAUAAUUUUUUGAAAUUUAAUAAAUGAAAAAUAAAUUCUAUGCAAAUAUUGUUUUCUUUUUUUUAGUUUUUUUUUUUGAUAGAAGAACACGAUAUCCAGUUGCAAGUGAAAUGCAAUUUUUUCCCUCUUCUAACACGUAGUUUUAUUAUUAAUAACAUACUCAUUUCAAAGCAGUAUAAAUUUGUCUACUUUCAUUUUUGUAUAAUAGUUAUUUAUAAUUUCAAAUAUUGUAAAGAUUGUUUCGUUGAUCGAAGCGUUUUGUGGUCUCUCAGGCAUGUCACACACAUAUGCCAAAGAAUAUUAAACGGCUCAGGUCGCACAGUAUUAAAAACAAUGGCAAUGUUGCUUUAAUGAAAAUUUCAAAUUUCUCCAGCUCAAAGAGCUUAAGGAUUCAGUCAUAAAUUUUUAGCAUUAUGAUAAAAAAAUGUAUUUUCACAGUAUCCCAAAAAAAAAAUUACUUAAAUUUCAGUUGAAUCUCAAGGAACUGAAAUGCGAAAAAAUGAAAUUGUUCUCAACGAUUAUAUGUGUGGAACAGCCUCCAAGUGAAAAGUUAAUAGUUUUUUUUACAAUAUUGAAAAGGAAGUAAAUAAAAAUAUAUCAUAUCGUA